AAGCAUCUUCCAACUUCACUCUACCCAUCUCUACGCAAUCCAUAACAAUAUGCCGACCCAUCUUUCUGCCGAGCAAAAGAGCGCCAAAAUGAGUGAGGAGCGCGCUUUUUUGACCAAACUACUGGAGGCGGCCCUGAAGGGUGAUUUCGAAGGUCUCGAAACAUCCGUCAAAGGUUAUUGUCGGCAACACGACAACGUGCAUCCGUCCGAGGUACUGUUGCAGUUUAAAGAUGGCAAAAAACGUACUGCAAUGCAUUUCGCUUGUCAGAGUUUACCCAGUAGUCGAAACAGUAAGCAGGUAGCCCCUGAUCAAGAUAUUGUUUACCGCAUAUUGCAUUCGUCUUGGUUACAGGAGAGUGCUCGGCAAAAGCUUAUCCGUUUCAAAGACGUGGAGGGCCUGACACCGCUAAUGUUAGCGGUACAAGUUGGUGAUCCGAAGCUUGCUGAGCAACGCGCUGCUAUUUUGCUAGAAGUUGGUGAUCUCUCGGACUCAUCAUGUUUGUCCGAGGCGAAGCCAUUGUCAAAGUUGGGCUUGGCACGAUCGAAGGCUGGUGCCACGGCGCUGCACUACGCUGCAGGGUCCGGGGCAUCCUCUACUGCCAUUAAGUUGAUAUACGAAAGGGGUCACGUCGCACUGAAAACGUCUAGCUUACAGGGUGGGACACCAUUGCAUUGGGCCUGUGCUGUUCCUCCUUCCAAGGACUUCCGAGAAACCAUUAAAGCAUGUCUAGAUUGCGGAGCGGAUUUGAACUCUUCUUCCACCAGUAACGACAGCGUCUCAGUGAUUCCGCCGCCACUUGUCAUGGCUAUUGCUGCAGGAAACGAUGCUCACGCAAAAUGUCUAUUACAAGAAUCGAAGCUGAGAUCUAUCGAUUUGAUGCCGACCCUGUCUUUUGCACUUCCAGGCGGGGUCAACGUUUUUCACAUGGCUGCGGAUAUGAAUCUUGUGGGUACGCUUGCGCUCCUUUUGGAACUAAGCCGUAAUCCGGAUUACUUGGAAAAGCAAGAUGCUGAAGGCUUGACACCACUGGAAUUGGCGGCGAAAGAAGAUCACUUGGGAUGUGUUCUCUUGUUACUUCCAAGUCCGGAGAUUGCAACGGAAAAAGACGCUAGACUCUACAUUGAUCAAUUCAAACUGUGA